GCGUAAUGACGUAUUAAUUUAGUAUGGCUCGAUCUUGGCUAUUUGUGUCGUUUCGUCCGCGCUCAUCAGAGGUCGACGUAGUGUGAAGUUCUUCUGUUGACUGUAAAUUUGACUGUAAAUUCGUUCAAUGAUUGUUUAAGUUACAAUGAUAACUCUCACGUCCACUGGAAUUGCCAUACUACUGUUGGGCCUCGCUCAAGAUUUCCUGUCUGUUCCGUUGUUUGUGAGAGGAGAAGAUCAAACGCCUGAUAGAACUUCUCGUGAUCGACGAUCCAUUUGCCACUAUCUCUGCAGUUCUAGGAUAAAUGAGCCGUUCAGAAAGGUACGAUUUAGGAUUCAUCAUUUAGAUUGGAAAGCUAUUCUUUGUUCUACUAAUUCUGUUAUUGUGUACAGUAAAUCAUAAUAUUAUUUCAUCCUAAAGGCCACUUUAUUCGCUUCUUCGAUAUGCUUGGUAGAAAGUGGGAUGAAAUUGCAGUUUUCAGCUGUGUGAUCGUGAAAAAUUCGAAAACUUAUGCUCUCUUAACUCUACGUGGCUCAAUGUCAACAAGUGCGUGCAGUUUCUCUUUCCCUCAGUCGACCUUAUUUUGACUGAGAAUCACGCCGAAGCCAUGCUGCUCUGAGGAAUCUAGAGGGAUAACAUAGAUAACUUUAAAAUCUUUUCUUUACACAUGAUUGCUUCCUAUGAGUGAUAUUCAUUUAGGCAACCGUAAAACUUGUUGUGGUCCGAGAUGGGAAAGAAUACGUAGUAGAUUGAAUCGGUAUUUUAAAAUCUCUUGUCAAGGUAUUUUAUUUGAACCGUUUCAGCUACGGAAAGUAAAGAAUCAGAGAAAAAUCGCCGAGACCAAGUUACAUUCAAAUGUAAUCGUCGAACGGACAUCAUCUCUGAAACGAACGAGUUUAUUCUUCGAAACAACACGCGAAUUAGUAAUUUGAUAUUUGACGAAAAAGAAGUCACGCUACAUGUAUUUGCAAUGCAUACACACUCACACAGUGUCAAGCUUUUGCGGUUAAUACUCGUACAUAUACGUGGACUGAGACUGUCGUGAGGGCUUUAAAGUUGUUAAUAAUUUACACAUAACGAUAUAAAACAAUUUAUCAUAAUUGUUUUGUUCUAUUCCUCAGACGGAAUGGAAUCAAAUGUACUGAAUUGAGAACGAGUUCCUGUCUCCACCUCCUGUCUCGCAUCUUGUCAAUUUCACGGCCGUUUCUGAUUUAUUUCCUUUCAAUAGUUGUUUUAAUCACAAAGGGUUUCAUCACUAAAGUAGUAUAUGUUUAUAAACCUGCUUGCAACAUGGGAAUGCAAAUUUAUGUACUGCAUGAUGUUUUGUCUAGCGAGUAGGUAACAUUAAUUACAGGUACGGCCUCCCAAUUGCAUUUUCCGAAUGCAGCCGGUUCCCUAUGAAGUGAUACGCUUUUUACAAGCUAGAGAAAUAUUAUCUUCGAUCUGGAUAGACAUCAAACAUCCCGUACUGUUUUUCAACACCAACGAAAAUAUUCCAGAUUUACGGCUCUAGUGGCUAAAUUUUCUUUUAGAAAGGGAAAAAGUCAUUUUGGCCCUUGGCGAAAUAUUUAUGAUCGCUGCGGGUGCAAAUGAUUGAUUACUUCUUUUUUUCGGCAGGUGGUUGACUUAUGUAUGGAUCUUUAUGUUUAACCAGGCAUGAAGAAGUUUUGAAAACGUUAAGACUCGAUUAAAGUUGAAAUAUACACAUAUGGAUUACAUAUGUUUAUUGCAAUUCAAAAUAUAGGCUUUUCACUGAGUUACAAAUAUUUCUUACUAUAUUAAUACUCGCUUACAAGUAACAAUUAAAACUGAUGAAGAACAAAAAACAAUUACAAAAAAUACAUUAAGAAAAUGCUGGUGAAUAAGUAAUUGUGCAUUGAGAGGAUAAUGAAUAAUUUAUUCAAGUAUUUUUAAAAUUUCACUAUACAUAAGUUCGUUACCUAGAGGCGUAUUUUGGAAAGUGCGUUUAACAACGUUCACAUCGCUUACAGACCCAAAGCCUUUGCUUAAGUAACUAUAUGUCUACUCCGGUCCUGAUAAGCUUAAGGUGUAUAGACUUCUGUCUGUUUUUAUUACCUCUGUCCACUCGAGUACGGUCUAGUAAACAGGGUCCAAAAGAGUCCCUCACGGAUGAAAUAAGGCUUUGUGCAGAGAGUGGUAAACGCAUAUUAACCCUUUCGACUACUUUGCAGUGUUGGCUUUCUACAAACUUGUUCAAAAUUUCCACCUGCCUGACAUUGAAAUUUCGACUUCCUGUGUUCUAUAUUAAACUAGCAGUCAUACUCUUCUGUCAAAAAAAAAAACACAUGAUUGUUUAAUAUUUUCAACGGCUUUUGUUUGUUUGUAUAUUAUCACCUGAGUUUUUUAAAGAGGGUAAAAUACAGGAGGAAAACCGCGCGUGGAGAUAUUAUGUACUAACCCUUUACAGAAAUUCGUUAAGUGCUGACUGUAUUAUACGAUUAUGAAAAGCCCAGUAAACAUAUUAACCUGUAUUGAAACACCGUGCUCGAAAAAAUCGGCGGGCAGAGCUAUUAUGUCAUGCGAAAGACCAAAGUCAGGAGCUUAUGAAGUCAGAGGCUCCUGACAACGUUAAUAACAAGGCAAAAAUUUGAAUUGAUAGGAUGCACAAAGGCUUUAAUGAAUAAGCGCAAAGUCCAGUUUAUUUUGGUCAUUGAGAAGAUUUCUAUUGAUGUGUAAGUGAAGGAAGUCCAAAUUGUUACGUCAAAGACGACGAAGGUUAAUAUGCAGCUAAGGCCCAGUUUUUCAACGGCCGAUUAGCGCCAGCCCAGGGUUAAAAUUUGAAUCCGGGUUUCUUUUUCCCUUGUUCAAACGCAUUUUCUCGCAUAACUUUUUCAAUUUUUGGUAGAGCAUGCAAUUAACCAAUUGUAUUUAAAAGGAAUUAAACUCAAUUUCCUUUUUAAGCUUUGAUAUAUGAACUUAACCCAGCUUUGAACAACCCGGCCCAGAAGUUUAAAAUUCGCAUGCAUGUAAGCAAUGCAAGUGUGCCCGUUCCCUUCCGGGGUGCAUUUCAAGGUCAUUUUUCAGAUCGUGUGUUCCCGGGCCCACGGUGGGCCAUUUGUCAUCAAGGGUGUGCCCAGGGUGGGGAAUUUGUCAUUGAAGAAUUUAAUAUAUUCUACCACAGUUCAAACAACAACAACAACAAGGACAAAACAAGAAUAAGUUACAACAUGCGGGGAGGAAGAUCAGAAAAGGCGGAACUGACAACUUUUCGUAGGGUUUACAUGCAGAAGUUCGGUCCGUCAGGUCACCGAGUAGAUAGGGAAUUAAAGAUGACGGGCGACAAUAACAAUUAAGAAAAAAGCAAUUUGGGCCCUAGAACGAGGAUCUUCCUAGCGAAAGCAGUUUACAUGGUGCCAGGAUCUUCCUAGUACUAGGAUCUUUCUACUACCUCUCAGCUAAAAUCUUAGUAUUGGGAUGAUCCUAGCGCUAGUAUAGGGACAGGUGCAACCCUUUGCAUGUAAACUGAAUACAGGAAACAUAUGGCACUAUGAUGAUCCACCUUCUAGGAUGUUCCUGCCUCCACGUAAACGGGUUCUAAUGUGUUUCUUGUAUUAUUAUUACUUCAGGGAACUUCAUUUGAUCGGUGUUUCAGAGAAUGCUCCCUCAAGAAAAGAAAAGGUAAAGUUUAAACACAAACGGCCCAAUUAAUUUUAAUAAUUGUUGACAACUGAACAGAAUUUUCCUUUUUCCAGAUUCAGGUGAAAGUUUAUCUACUGUUGAAAAAAAGGAUGAUUUGAACUUUCCUAUGACAAGAUCACGACGGGAGACCAAAAAUUCGUAUGAAGGUAGGAUAGCGGUCGUGCUUCAUCAAAAUUUGAGUAUUGAGUAUUUGGCGUUAGUUUUGUCGUACAAAAAAGUUCUAAAAUUAUGCGUUUUACAAGAAUUUGUUUUCUCAACACAGAUUGCCCAAGUAAUAAGCAUUUUCCUUUUGGAUACAUCGUGGAAAAGGACAAGAUAAGUGUGGAUUUUAAGAAAAUGAAACCGAACCUUACUGUUGAGUGGGAACCGGAGCAUCAAAGUAAGUGAGAUAGGUGGUUAAACGCUACGAAGAUUGUUUCUGUGAAAGUAAAUUAUAGUUUCCCCACACACUUCUUGUCUACCCGCUUCGGUACAGAAGGAAACAUAAGUCUGUGGUGACAUUCCUCAAGGGUAUGCGUGCCCCAUGGGGGUACCCCUCGGAAUUCUUAGUUGGGAAGUGCUGGUCCGAUCUCCCAAAUGUAAUAGAAAAGAUCUUUAUGCUAUCUGUAGUUAUCCAAGCCUUAAAAAAGUCGGUUAUGUUCCUCUGUACACCUUUCGCAAACCGUUGUUGGAUAUACAGCGACUUGGCUUUUGAAAUCACCUUGCACAGCACAUCAGCCAGAUAAGAUUCACCCUGUGCAGAUUCACCUGAUCACCGCAGUGUCCGUAAUAAAGAAGCUUAUAUGAAUAUACUCUCUCUCUGGGGCCGAGAUUUUGUGUCCGUUGUCCAUAUUAGAGAGAGUCUGUUUUAUAGAGGGUUUUUUUUACAGAAAAUAUUAAAUGAGAAUUUUUUCGGGACAUUGGAAACUGUCCGUAAUGCGGAGGUGUCCGUACGGAGAGGUUCGACUUUAUCAUCUAAAAUCCAUACCUGUUUUCAGGCCUGGCUUAUAUAAUUAGUUAUGGACUCGAAGUUGUUUUCGGUUUCGUGAACUCAUUACUUCUGACCGAGGGAAGUCAACAUAUUUUUGAAACGUUUUAUUUUCUUGUAUUUUCUAGUAGUAUUUGACAAUAAACAUUGUUUGUGGUACAAAAUCCUACACCUCAAUAAAUCCUAUAUGUCCCUUUUGCGCCAUUAUAAAUACACUGAAACGAAACGGCCAUUGAAGUGACCGUACAUACUUCAUAAAGAGUUUUGUCUGUGUUGUUUUCUUACUGUUCGCCCCAUGUAAGGGAAUCCGGAUUCUGGAUCGAAUCCGGGAAAUAUUUGCUUGUGGAAUCCGGAAUCUUGGGCCUUGGAAUCAGGAGUACAGCUCAAGGAAUCCGGAAUCCCACUGACGAUUGGAAUCCGGAAUCCAAGAUCUUAAAUCCAGUAAUUGAAAUCCGGAAUCCACGGCGUGGAAUUCAGAAACAAAGACUGUCUUGGAUUUUCUUACAUAGGGCGAUACUGUUUUUGGUUUUAUUAAUAUCACCUGUAGUUAGAAAGUUAAAAUGGCUUUUAUAGGACCGGAAACAGUAAGAAAACAACACAGACACAACUCUUUAUGAGGUACAUGGCUGUUUAUGUGCAUGUUAACUCUUUUAUCGAUCUUACGAUAAAUUACCAUACACAUACAAAUCCUUUUAAUUUGACUCCCAGUGGGCUUUUGUGGGUGCUUGGUUACUUUCAUGUAUCACGUUCUGGUUUAUCCACCUAACUCAAUCACUCUUUGUAGCUAGUAAUAGUUGACACUACAGCUGCCCCCGCUCUGUAUCUUGUCAGUCAUUGUAGCCUUGGUUUUUUUGAAGCUCCUUGAAAUACAGGUGUAUACAGAUUCAUUUUGAAGAUUUUCACACAUAAAACAUACAACAGGUGAAACAAAAAAGCAGUCAGGUUGAUCAGUACGCAGCGUUGAUCAAAGAACCCUCGGCGUUUCGAUAAUUUUUUCACACGCCUUCUAGAGGAGAGUCGAGUCUACAUUUUCGCGGCGUAAGCUGCCGAGCGAAAAGUAUGGUACUGUUACGCACUUCGCUCACACUGUGAAAAUGUAUCCACUUCUCGCAGGGUAUAGUAAUCGUUCAUCAUUCUGCUGAUAGAAGCUAGCUUGAUUUACUCGUUCGCUUAGGAAAACUUUCUUGUCAGUGGACGGAGCCUUACAUUCACGACCCCAAAGUGAUUUGUGUCUGACAAAGUUCAAUCGUUUCCAAUCAUUUGUAAAUGAUAAACUCGUUCUAACGAAUCCUCUAAGUGCAUAUACACAGUAGUUAUACGGCACUUAUAACUCUUAAUACGUCCGCGCUUAUUGAUUUUCGGUCCAUAAUUUCGGUCAUUCAAGAGAUUUUCUGUUUUAUGGUCUGUGGGUUUUUGAUGCUUGUUAAAGAGAGUAAAACGAGACAAAGAAAUGAAAGUUCCAAAACAGCUGCCUCACAGAAUGCACACACGUCGUGCAUGAGAGUAUUGAACUAUGACUUUACAAUGACUGUCACAAAAUCAACCCAAGCGGUCCCUUGGGGAAUUUUCUGUUUUACGUCAUCUAAACCAUUUCGUAUUUGUGGACAUUCAGCUAUUUUUAGGGCUAAAAGGUCAUCAUUACCCAAAGAUUCCUCGCGGCCCCCUGUUUAAGCAAAUCGAGAUUUUCUCUGGUAUACUACCUGCAUACUGUAACUGUAAGUACAUAUAUAGGUCAAAUUUGAUUCAGGUUGCAAUUUUUCAAUUUGGGUUGAUUCUCAAUUUCCCUUGUCUUCUAGGGCUAGGAAACAAAGAAAAUUGAGAAUCCUUCUAGGUUAAAUCAAAAUUAACGUAAAAACAAAUUUGACCUGUAACAUAUACGCGCGAGCUAUUAGGAUGCCUCCUCGAGGUUUUGCCUUCUGGGCAAAAACCAUGACAGGACAAUUAUAUGGUGGCUCUUUCAGAUUUUUACAACUGGACUUCCUAUGGUUUGCUCUAUCAUGGCUUAAAAAUGGAUCAGCGGCAUGCCUGCAUAAUAGUACCAAAAGUGAGUAUCUAUACUAGAUUACUCUUCCUUAAACUCGGAACGGCGAGAAGCGAUUCGACAUCGCCAGUACCUGUUUUUCUGUCUCCUCUGGUCAUGAUUGAAGAAUUGUACAAUAAUUCCAACUUAAUCAUUUUGCGACUCAAAGUUGUUUAGGUGGGGCAGAUGUGCGAAACUUGGGGUAUAGUACUUACCAUUUGCAUGGGAGAACCAGAAAUUCCGUUUGCAAAGCUUCAAAAAACAUGGACUGUGAUCUGAGCCGAUGCCCUUUUUCCAGUCUUAGCUUAAUGCAUUUUAGCGGGCGUUCUUCCACCACGUCAAAUUGUAUAGUUUUAUGUUUAUGCAAAAGACUUCCACUCGAGUGAUUUGUGUAAAUGGUAAGCACCGAGCUUUUGGUUAAUUUUUUGUUAAUUUUUGAUGUAUUUUUAAGCACCAAGCUUGGUUUCCAUGAAUUCUUAUAACAUUAAUACUUCUACGUGAGAAAUGUCUGCAAUUUGAUCGGCUUAGAGCAGCGGUAUUUCAGCUUAACUUGAAAUACCUACAUGUGAUAAUAACAACCUUUUGCGGGUAGUAUAAACAAAUAUUAGCAUGAUUUGUACGUGAUAUUUGGCAUAGAUACCACUCGUGAUAUUUCAAAACUGUCUCAAAUUUCACUCGCCCAACGGCUCGUGAAAUUACGUAUAACAGUUUUGAAAUAUCACUCGUGGUAUUUAUGCCAAAUAUCACUACUAAUCGUGCUAUUACCUAUACUAACAAUAUAUUUUACAUGUACAUUUUUACUGGCUUAACUUUUGCGCUACAAAGUUACAUUUCCUUUCAAGGUCUGUUCAUAUCCUUGCAUUACUCUACCGAGUAAACUAAAAGUAACUUGUAUUAGUCGCGAUAAAAAAAUCCUUCAGAGAUGAUGACUUCAGUUCUUGCCCUUUGUCAGACCGCCUCCCACGCAGAGGUUGUUACCGCUUCGUUAUGCGGACCUUCCAUGUAAGGGAAGCCCUAUAAGCGCUUAGAGCGUCUCAGCUGGCGUCUUCGUGGGAGGCUGUUUCUUUAAUUUCACGUUCUUGAAUAUUUUUAGAGUUACUCACCACGAUGGCUGUCACCGCUUUAGCUGAGACACAUCGAUAAUUAAGUGUUUAUGAGUCAUGUGUCAAGUAUGCAUAAAGCCCAAUUUUCUCGGAUUUGCUUCCAAUAACUGUUUUGAUAGAUACGUACGGUACAUAUAUAGUAACAAACCUAACCUUAACCUUAAAUAAAUGCUAAGUAUGUGGAAUCACUAGGCUAAUCCCUAUGGUCGGUUGUGCGUUAACCUAGUGAUCACUAUUGUCAGUGUUUGACCAUAAUCAGUGCUUUUAGUGCCUAGCCUAACGACUAUUUACAGGGAGUAACCAUAACUAGACACAUAACUAGAUCCAUGACUCCUUAACUCAUUUGACUCACAAAACAAACUUUGCCGGGACGAUAAUAUAAUAUGGCAUUUAUCUGGUUUUGUUCAAGGAUCACUACAAGGAUCCGUACCGCAGGGAUAAGCUUCAAUGGAUUAUUGCAGAUGGAGAAGGUCCUUGGAAGUAUCCUGAGCCCAUCGUCCUUGUGGUAAGGAGCUAGCGCAAUGCUGUAUAUUUUUGCGUGGAUCUGGCUACGUUAAUUUAUAGCCCUUAACUUGCUAGUAAAAAGAUAAUUUAUUUGCUAUUAAUACUAAUUUGAACUUCGCAGUCGGUGUAAGACCUCAGUUUACCUUUCGUAAAUGGUCGGUGUGGCGGAUUUUUGAGAGGCGAUUCGCCCCAUGUAAGGAAACCCAAGACAGUCUUGGAUUCUAGAUUCCACGCCGUGGAUUCCGGAUUCCAAGUACUGGAUUCCAGUCUUUGUCGAUCAGUGGAACUUCGAUUCUGGAUUCCAAUCGUUAGUGGGAUUCCGGAUUCCUUGAGCUGUAUUCCAGAAUCCAAAGCCCAGGAUUUCGUAUUCCACAAGCAAAAUUUUCCCAGAUUCCGUAAUCGCGAUUCCCUUACAUGGAGCGGGUUGAUGCCAUCAUUGGUGAUGGGUAAUCCUAGGAUAAAUGCCUUAAAUGAAGUUACAAUAGAGCAAAAGUACAACUUCAAGCCCAAGUUGAAUUUACGUUUGAUUACGUUCGGGAGAGGCCUAGGCUCACCUCUCAAAGAUGUAUCAGUGACAAAAGACAAUUUAAAUGAAGAUAUGAUCAUCGCAGUUGUAGUCACAAUUUAAUUAAAUUGUAAGUUAAGUAUAAGCUCGAACAUAAAUGAAAAAAAAAACAACAAAACAAAAUGGGGCUUCAACGGCAUCGAAACCCAUGGCCUCAGCUGUGUUGGCACUGCGUUGCUCUACCAACUGAGCUAUAAAGUCCCAUACUUUUGCAGAGGGCCAACUUUUUUGAGUUUAUCUUUGACACAUGAAAGCCUCAAACUUUCUUCAUUCCAAGUUAUAAUUAAUUAAUUCCAAGUUAUAAUUGAUGAAUGAGGCUGAGUAUGAUACGAAGGAGGUUGUUAUAGAGGCUGAAGGCCGAGGUGGAUAACACCCUCCGAGAUCUGCUUAAUUCUUCAUAUCCUACGAAAGCCGACUUCAUUAAUUGCUUUAUUAUUCAUUCAAAAAAUUAAUAAUUCCAAGUUUAAAAACAUAGCUAAAACGUGCUUACCUGCAUCGCUGUUAAGUUUAUCUUCGAUAGUGUACGUUACGGUUUGUCCAGCUUCGCAAAUAUUCUCCAAAUAGCAGAUGUCGCCGUCCGAGUUGCCUUCUUGCUGUUUUUGCUAUGUUUUUAGCGAUUAUUUCGCCUAGUUCCAGCUGUAGUUCUUACUCUUGAAACGAGUGAAGUGUUCUCCAUUUUAGUUUUCACAACGGAAUCAAUUCAACCUCGUCCCCAGGUCUUCUCGGGUAACGGUGCAUUAACCUGUAGCGGGCUGCAUUUUUGACGUCAUUUCCUCGUUAAACACAAAAUUCUUCCAAAUUUGGUCAUCAGUAACUGGUUAUGGUGAAUUGUGCGUGUGCUUUUAACCAAUCAGAAUCGGGGAAACAGUGAAUGAAUAAUAACGUAAGUUAUUGUUUAUCGCUUUUUUCUUUAUAGAUCUUCACAUAUCCUGGCUUUUAUCAAAGCUUGCCUUUGGAAAAAUAUGGUACGAAUUUAUUUUUAUCAGUUGUGGAGGAUAGCUCCAUGUGAAUUACACGGUAGCCUGUAAGAGUAGCUAUUUUUAAGCCUAGGCCAAACGUCGACCUUUUCAUGAGACGAACCAAACUUUGGGUCGACCUAAAUUAAGUUAAGAUCGUCUGUUGGGGCAGACGUCCAACUUAUCAGCUAAGUCAGACGAAAAAUCAGCCAGUAAAAAAAAUUCUCCCUAACAUUUCAUACAAAUUUUUAAUUUGUUAGUUUAGUUCGUCGCAUGUGAAGAUCGACGUUUGUCGAUCCCGGAGACGAUCUUCAGACGUUCUAUCCGUCUGAAGCAACUCGAUUCGAGACGGAUACAACUUGUUGGAUGAUCCUAACUCAUUCAGACGAAGUUAACUGAGCCAGACGUUGAACUUUCCCUGCAAUAUCUGAUGAACUUCAACAUCCUCUGUAGUAACCAAUACGGCUUCAGGAAAAAUCAUUCCACUGCACUCGCGCUAAUCGACUUGCAUGAUAAGAUCUCUACUGCCUUUGACCGAGGUGAAUUUUCCGUAGGUAUUUUUCUUGACCUCUCAAAAGCCUUUGACACUGUAAAUCAUAUCAUCCUUUUUGAUAAACUCGAACAUUACGGUAUUCGUGGCUUAGCGCUGGACUGGAUAAGAAGUUACUUUUCAAACAGAAAGCAAUAUGUUGAAUAUAAUGGCCACCGUUCGUUAAGAAAUGAAAUCUCUUGUGGGGUCCCUCAGGGUUCUAUCCUCGGACCUCUAUUUUUCUUACUGUACAUUAACGACAUCAACAAUGCUUCUAAUCUAUUAAAUCUGAUAUUGUUCGCUGACGAUACCAAUGUAUUCAUGUCACAUAAAGAUCUGAACUAUCUCUCAGAUAUGUUAAACUUGGAGAUGGACAAACUGUCAAUCUGGUUUAAAGCAAACAAGCUUUCUCUAAAUCUUAAAAAGACUAAAUUUAUGGUCUUCAAACCAAGACAAAAGCGUUCAAUUUGUAAUAUUCAAAUAAGUAUAGAUAAUCAAAAUAUUGUUAAAGUAAAGGAGACAAAUUUUCUAGGCGUAAUUUUGGAUGAAAACCUAAAUUGGAAGUCGGAAAUAUCUCACGUUGCAAGUAAAGUUGCGAAGUCAAUCGGUAUAAUAUCUAGAUGCAGCUUCUUUCUUCCUAAAUCGUCUUUACGUAUGCUCUACUAUUCCUUAAUUUAUCCUUAUUUUUACUACUGCAAUAUCGUUUGGGCUCCGACCUAUAAAACUAAUCUCCGCCGCCUUGUUAUCCUGCAAAAGCCCAUUAUUAGAAUUAUUAAUAAAUCACAUUUUAAUGCUCAUACUGACCCCAUCUUUAAGGACCUCGGUAUACUAAAAUUUAAUGAUAUCCAUUUGCUUCAACUGGGCCAAUUUAUGUAUUCUUGCAAAAAUUCAUUCUUACCACCAAAGUUUAAUAACAAUUUCUCUCAAAGCAAUCAAUUCCACUCUUACAAUACAAGAAAUUCCCAGGCCUACCGUCUACCGUAUUGUCGUACAAACACGAAGAAGUUCUCGCCCUUUUUUCAAGGGCCUAAGUUUUUUAAUUCACUUGACAACAAGAUCAUCAACUCUCAAUCCCUCUCCUCUUUUAAGAAAAAACUGAAGAUUAAAUUAUUGAGUAAGUAUGAAAACAGUUUAUAAAUCUUUCCAUCUUCGACUUUUCGCCUUCUUCUCUUCAAUUGAUGUGAAACAGCUCUAGCUCAUAUAUAGUUCGAGGAGGCCUAACCUCUCAUAAGCUCCUAUAGUUUCUGUUAGGUCUCCUCGCCACUUCUUUUUUUUUUUUCUUCUUCUUCUUUUCCUAUAUUUUUUGUAAUUAGUGUGGCAAAUAAAAUAAAAUAAAAAUAAAUAAAUAUAAAAUAAUGAACUUAACUCACUAAGUUUAAUGCGUCUCAUGAAAAGUUCGACGCCAGGGCGCGACGGGAUAUAUAUGGAGGCAGGAUGUCUGGUGCAAUCCAUAGCUGGAACAUGCAUUAAAUCGCUCUCUACUCGAAGACCCAGGGGCAGUCAGUUGAGUCGGGAGAAUAGACGCCCAUCUUUAGAACUUUUGUAGCAUAUUUUCUCCCGACCCUACUGAGUCUCCUAGUAUACUCCCUACAGUAAUACAGUGGCCCAUUAUCCUCGACUAACUUAUUUUUUAACCAUACAUAGGUUAACUAAGGCCAGGUCAUCCCUUGGCCUCGUCAGAAGAUUUCUUUUGUCUCAUUUUUUGGGAGACUUUUCUAUUGUAUUUAUUUAAAUUUAAAAGCGGAGUUUCUUGAUACACGAGGAUUGUUAAUUAUAGAGCGGCGUUCUGAUUUUCUUUAUAAAUGUCUUUUUAGCGCCUGAUCCCCCAGAGCCUCCAACUCCACCUCCAACCUCUAAAGGUAUGUGGCUCUAAGUCGGACUAUUAUGCCGUAAUAUCUUAGAUGACAAAUUGCUCUAAAUUUUGGCGCGAAAUCUCAACGUUUAUUCAUGUAAUGUCAAAAUUGUUAUGGCAACGUUCCGAAUGGCUCCGCAUUGCCAAUAUGGCGUCAAGUUUUCAAAAACGGGCGAAUAGAUAUAGGAAUGACUCCGAUCUUUUAUUGAAAGAUAGAAAAAGUAGUGAGAUAAAAAUUUAAAAUUGUCUUUCCACCGUUUGACUCGAUGGUGAACGACAUCACCGAGAUGUGUGACUUCUGUUGUGGUUUUCGUUUUCCAAAUAAAGCAGACACUGAAAUCAAAGUACAAAACAUUUUUGUUUGGUACAAAAAAUUCCAAAACUCAGAGCAAAAAUUAAGAAGAAGAGACGAAUAUUCAGUGUUCAGUGGUAAUGAGGAAAUAUUAUCACAGCGGCCACUUCGGACUGCGAGAAUACAGCUAGAAUACUCCGAGCUCUUUGGGUAUAUAUAACCACUAAAUGGUUACCGUGCAGGAAUGGCGGGCUCCGAACGCUGAUUAAACGCUAUGGUUAAAUUUUCAUUGUCACAAUUAAAGUGCAACCAUUGUGUUUUGUUUUCUCCCCCCUAUUUUUUUUAUUUAGAAGGUUCUCAUACCAAGAUUAUAGCCGCAGCUGCAGGAUUGUUUGCCGGCCUUAUGUUGCUAUUUGUUAUUGUGGUGGCUUAUCGAAAACGGGUCAACGUUUGCCAAACUUUUUCGCGAGGUACGUGAAUUUAUUCUAUAACUACUGUUGUCAAUUGGUACCUGAGGCGUCCAAAGACAAACAGUAAACUACCAUAAUAUCAACAUUUUUUAAAGUUUCAAAACACGUAUGCAAGAUUUUUUCCACCAGUAAUAUCAAAAGGCCUAAACUUGUCAUGGGAAGGACAAUAAGUAUGAGCUUUGUUAUAGUCACGCAUGUGUACUGACGUAAUAAUUAUUGGGCCGUCGCGGAAUAUUGUUCAGCGGAUUGUACACGUACUCUUAAAUGAAACUACAUCUUCACGCAUUUGGUAAACCUUGUGUUGUUUAAUCAUGGUUUUUCUUUAGGAAACAGAAAUAUCUUGGAGAAUGUUAGGAUUAAUAACCCAUGUUGUGUAGGUAUGUACUGUGUGACUACCUUCUCAAUUCCCCCCUCUAACACUGGACGAAAAAACGGAUUUACCUCUAUAGCAAAUUUGGAGCAAAUCAUCUGCAAAUGCCACAUUUGCUUAAUUUUGCUCAAUUUUGCCACAUGACAUAGGACCAACUUUGCCAUAAUUUUGCAUCAGUGGCAAAGGUGGUAAAUGCCGAAUUUGCCUCAAAUUUGCCCCGUGUGUAAAAACAAGGAUAACCUUUACUUUAUCAAAGCAUUUACAGGGGUGUCAAACUUGAUAGCAAAACUGACAUUUGUCAGGUUUUUGCCCAAAUGGGCAAAAGCGAUCGAAGAUGAAUUUUUGAAUGCUUUUGCUCUCUAUAGCAAAUUCGGUCAAAGUAGUAAUUUGCCACAUUUUUGCUCAAUGUAGCAAAAGUGACCAAAACUCAUUUUUCAACAGUUUUGCCCAGGAUAGUAAAUCUGAGCAAAAAUUCACGUUUGCCACUGUUUUGCUCAGGGUAGCAAAUUUGGCCAAAUACCACUUUUUUCUCAAGUUUGCUCAGGAUGGCAGAUAUGAUCAAAACAGUAGUUUCCCAUACUUUUCCCCAUUGUAGCAAAGUUGAUCAAAUAUCAGUUCUUCUGUAUCUUUGCUCAGGAUGGCAAAUAUUGCCAUGAUAGCAGUUUUCCAUACUUAAAGUAAGGUAAACAAAGUUGAUUAAAAUAUCACUUUUUUACACUUUCUUUCAAGAUAGCAAAUUUGAUCAAAACAUCAUUAUCCAGAUGUUUCUUAUUUUUAUUUGGUACCAUAAAUGACUCACAAACAAUUAAGACACCAAACAAAAUUUCAAGAAUAAAAUGACUUUAUUAUCUUUAAUAUACACUGUACAAUAAAAAGCAAGAUAAAUUAAAAGAAAGUUCCAUUGGCCUCUGCAGGGCACUGCAUGUACCACAAAAUAUAUGCCUUUAAAUAAAAGCACAUACAAUGUGAAACUAUCUAAAUUCAUAAGUGUAUAAGAAUGUACAUUGGGUUUGAAAGUGCAAGUCAACACUAGCUGGUUCAUAAUUAUCUAAGGUUGGUACAGGUAAAACGUAACUCCAUUUGAGUGGUAUACUUCAAAUAUACUCUUUCUAGAUUCAAUUGAUACUAUUGGCAAAUGGUUGUACGAUGACAACAAGUACACAUCACUCCCAAUGUAGAUGUGACAUCCUUACUAACGGACAGAACAUCAACCACAGGAAAUAAAAUUAGCCUCAAAUUAUUAUGAUAAGCGAUAUUUCUCUAAUUAUUAUUUAUAAGAACUUGUUUUCAUCUGAUAAAUAUUAUCCACUACCCAAAAUAGGCAGUGAAUAAUAUCAUAUAGUGUACCUAGUGCUAUUCACUUACCCCAAGGGGAGAUACAUCUGUAUGAUUCAUUUUUAACCAAAUCAGUUAUAUAAAAAUAUUUCUUGUAAAUAAAAUGAGUUACUAUGCGAAAGCUCUGUGCAUUUCUAUGAUUUGGGUACGACUUUGAUAUAUUUCUACCCAGCAGUAAACACUUAUAAGGUUAAUUUUGUCACCUUUUUAGCAUGUACAUGUAUUUUAUUUUACAGGUGCUUUAUUUACUGCUAAACCUCUAAAACUAGCAUGAAAUGACACCCCAGUUUUACUCUCAUCCUAUAGGUAGCCAAAAGCUUUUCAAGUUAUGAAAGCAAAUCUGCUAUCCACUGAUUUGGUUAAAUACUUGUAUUAUUAUUAUUAUUAUUAUUAUUAUUAUUAUUAUUAUUAUUAUUAUUAUAUCACUGUAAAUAAUAAGAUUUGGUGAAAUUCUUGUAUUAUUAUAUGACCAUAAAUAAUUUAUUACAUUUGUUUUUUUUACUAAAAUCAAAUUAUUUGCUAAAAAUUUGAGCAAUUUUUUUCUGAUUCACAUGAUCAGCUGUUUUGCUUGCAGUAUUGGACUGAUUAAAUAUCCAAAUUAUCCAAACACAAUCUAUACACUAUGAAAGCUCUGUAGAACUUCUUUAAUUCAUCAUCAUUAUUAUUGUUAUUGGCAUGCAGGUGAUUAAAAUUUAAGCCAUGCUUAUCAAAAAACUGUUAUCACACACGGUAUUUUUUUUUUGCAUAAAACAUAACUGCACUCUUUUUUCAUAAAAUAUGCCAAGAACAAAAUAGGAUCAUGGCAUUUGGAGUCCAGUAAUUACUCUACUAUGGGGUGUAUUGGCUAGAUUUAGUCCUCGGAGUGGCACUUUUUAAGGCAGUGCUUAGGGUAGCCCUAGGAUUUGUCACGACUGCGGAAAGUGGAUGCAGAUGUAUCUCCAAUUACAUAUGUUGGGUGAAUGGACACGAUGACUGAAAAUACAGCUGCAUUUACAGGCUACUAGAUGGAAGGUUUUUAAAAUUCAGUAAAGUUGCCAAGUUACAGAGUGAUUCGGUGCAAACUAACAAGGACAGCUCUGCAAAGAUGGCAAAUUUUGCAGACAUUUGUCUGGUAAGGGAAAGUUUGUGGCUCCACCAUACCAUACAAAGGUCAUUGAGAUUAUGUGACUUUGUGUCAACACUUUAUUUCACAUCGGACUAAUCACAAACAGCGUAAGAACCUAGCCAAUCACAAAACGCUGACAUACAUGCAUGUCUUUGUGACCCAGUGGGAUUCAAACAUGAUAUUGUGCACUAAUUCUCAGACGGCAUGCUCUAUACAGAAGGUUUAGAGUGUCUGCAACACAGGCAAGAUCUUCAUUGGAUUGUGACAAAUCACUUUGAGAUUUGGUAAUUUACCUAGUUUUAACGUGGCUCCUUCCCAUGGGUGUCAAAGGAUAUUCACUUACUACAUUGUAGGUCUUCAUCAAAACUCAAAAAAUUGUGCAAUUGUCUACUGAGUAAAUAUGAUUCUAGGAACUUAACUGAAAAGGAACUGAAUCAUGAUGCAUGUCAACUUCAACUUGAGUGUUAUUAUUAUUUUGUACAUUUUUAUCUAAAAUGUCUUCUUCUUUUCUGAAUGUUCUUCAAAAAAUUACCUGUGUUAUGCUUAUGAUCAAGUUCCUUUUUCUAUUGUAAGUGGUGGGUGCCAGAGCAAACUCAGGAGCAUCGUCUGGUGCUCUAUUACCAUUAUUUUCACUUCAUUGACUUUGACACCAUGCAACUUUGCGGUCCAACUGGGCCAUUAAACCAUUAACCUCAAUGCUCUGCCAGGAAAGUGGCCUUACACAGAGAUUUUCCCUGUUUGGGAGGUCCUCAUCUGAACCUGAAGAAUUACCUUCAUGCCACUCUGAUACAGCUGUUUCAGACAAAGACUCCUCUGAUGACAUAUAUGCAAAGGACAUACAUGCAAGGUACUUGUCCUUGUCUGACUAACUGAUGCUAGUUGACUCCCUCAGAGCAUAUUGGCCCUUUAAUUUUUUUUCUGAAAGAAAAAUGACGAACCAUGAUUUAGCAGCCAACAAGUAACCCACAGUUGGUAAACAAGCAUGUACUGCUCAUACUCAGUGUAAAUGAUUGGGUUGCAGAACAAUGACACAAUGCUAAAAGCUGAAAACACUCUCUUAAUCAAAGGAACAGUUUGAGGAUAUUUGUGAGAAAAAUUUCUCCCCGCAUUUUAUUCCUACUAACUUUUUCAUUAAAUAAUAUAAUAUGUUUUUUGGAACAGGUGUUAAAGUAGAGAGCAGAAAUGCCUCUUUCUGUUGAAUCUGCAUUUGUUUCAUUAAGACUCUUUUAAGUGUAAAUAAAGACUGAAAUAAAUUAAUUCCCCUGUCAUUCAAGAGCAGAACUGAUAGUGUCCGACAGGUCACCAGGCUCUAACAGAGCACAACCAUGACUUAACUGUACACAUAAACCGUAAAACCGGUCAGAACCUGAGAAACGUAACAUUAAGGCAACCCACAUGUUGCUUAGAACAAUAAUUGAUUAAUUGUGGUUAUUUGGCAUGAUAAAGCCAAAGCAUUUACUUGCAAAUUGAACUAACAAAGAUCCCUCAACAUCAUUGAGCUGUACAAAAGGUAUAAAUAAUGAGGUAUUGUCGUUUAAAAUGUGGAACAGUAAUACAGUGGUCACUUGGAAUGACACUUAUGCUUCAGGAUCUGGCAAGUGCCGUCAUUCGCAAAAUGAGCCAAAAUUAAGAUCUCACAAUAUCACUGACCCAUAUUUAUAAAGCAUAAGAGUUUUGGAUGGUACAAUUUAUGAAAGAAGAAUCACUUGUCAUUUAAAUGUGGCACAAUAAUGCAGUGGUCACUCAGAAUGACACAUAGGCUUCAAGAUCUGGCAUACGCCGUCACUCGCAAAAUAAACCAAAAUUAAGAUCUCACAAUAUCACUGAACCAUAUGUGUAAACCAUAAGAGUUUUGGAUGGUACAAUUUAUGAAAGAAGAAUCACUUGUCAUUUAAAUGUGGAACAAAAUACGGUGGUCACUCAGAAUGACACAUAGGCUUCACUCGCAAAAUGAAAAAAAUGCCGUUACUCGCAAAAUGAACCAAAAUUAAGAUCUCACAAUAUCACUGAACCAUAUGCAUAAACCAAAAGAGUUUUGGAUGGUACAAUUAAUUUUAUGAAAGAAGAAUCAAUUGUCAUUUAAAUGUGGAACAAUAAUACGGUGGUCACUCAGAAUGACACAUAGGCUUCAAGAUCUGGCAUAUGCCGUCACUCACAAAAUGAGCCAAAAUUAAGAUCUCACAAUAUCACUGAACCAUAUGUAUAAACCAUGAGAGUUUUGGAUAGUACAAUUUAUGAAAGAAGAAUCACUUGUCAUUUAAAUGUGGAACAAUAAUACGGUGGUCACUCAGAAUGACACAUAGGCUUCACUUGCAAAAUGAAAAAAAUGCCGUCAUUCGCAAAAUGAACCAAAAUUAAGAUCUCACAAUAUCACUGAACCAUAUGCAUAAACCAUAAGAGUUUUGGAUGGUACAAUUUAUGAAAGAAGAAUCACUUGUCAUUUAAAUGUGGAACAAUAAUACGGUGGUCACUCAGAAGGACACAUAGGCUUCAAGAUCUGGCAUAUGCCGUCACUCGCAAAAUGAGCCAAAAUUAAGAUCUCACAAUAUCACUGACCCAUAUGUAUAAAGCAUAAGAGUUUUGGAUGGUACAAUUUAUGAAAGAAGAAUCACUUGUCAUUUAAAUGUGGAACAAUAAUAUGGUGGUCACUCAGAAUGACACAUAGGCUUCAAGAUCUGGCAUAUGCCGUCACUCGCAAAAUGAACCAAAAUUAAGAUCUCACAAUAUCACUAAACUAUAUGUAUAAACCAUAAGAGUUUUGGAUGGUACAAUUUAUGAAAGAAGAAUCAAUUGUCAUUUAAAUGUGGAACAAUAAUACGUUGGUCACUCAGAGGGACACAUAGGCUUCAAGAUCUGGCAAGUGCGGUCGCUCACAAAAUGAAAAAAAAUUAAGAUCUCACAAUAUCACUGAACCAUAUGUAUAAACCAUAAGAGUUUUGGAUGGUAUAAUUUAUGAAAUAAGAAUCAUUUGUCAUUUAAAUGUGGAACAAUAGUACAAUGGUCACUCAGAAUGACACAUAUGCUUCAAGAUCUGGCAAACUUGUGCCGUCACUUGCAAAAUGAACCAAAGUAAGAUUUCACAACAUCACUGAACCAUAAUUAUGUAUGGAUGUAAAACAAGAGUUUUUGACUGUAAAAAUUUCAAAAGGGAAAUCAUUUGUCAUUUGAAAUGUAGUAGAAUAUUAAAUAAUAAAUUAUAGUGACCACUGCUUUGUCAAGUGCUGUCACCCGAAAAGUACAGUAACCCCAAAGAUCUAACAUAUUAACUCAGCUGUACAACAAGCCAAAUUUCUGAAUUAUGGACAUGCUAAGGUCACAUCACCGACUUAUAUUGGUGUAAAAGAAAUGUUUGCCUGCACAGCUCAAGAUCCGGCUACUUAAGAUUAUUCUAUUAAUGAAGACGAUGCGCAACAAAGAGUACAGUUAUUUCUGCAGUAAACAAAAAGGAAUCAAUCAAUGGCAUAUCUGUGCAUGCAUCUUAAAUUUUAAGAUUUAUCUUUGAGGUUUUAAGCUUACGCAAAGUUAUUAGAAAACCAAAGUAAGUAAACGAACCACGAUAUCAAGAAGAACAUACCUUUCUGCAAUCCAGCUGAGUUGAUGACUUGGAAACAGGCUUUAUGUGAAGAAUAUCGCAACUGAUCACUGUCUCUCGAAAAUAACAAAGGUAUAAAUCGUAAUAGAACAGCUGAAUAGAAAGACAGGCUUUCUAUUAUCCGAAAAUAACAAAACUACUCGUUUUGCAACGCUGUAUCGCUUGUGAAGUCCGCGUGAAUUUGAACUGUUCAACGAAAGUUUAUUUUACACUAUUCUAUUGGUUCAAAAGCCGCACGUGACAAUGUAAAUCAAAUCGCGCAUGUGCCAAAGUCACAUGGAAGCCUGGGCAACAAACAUGGCGGCUGCUCUUGCGACGGAGUGCAUUCAGGACUACAUUCACCCGGACGAUGAAACUCUGCAAUCUACUAUUGAAAUGACUCCUGGGUUCAGACCUUUCACAUAUUGUGCAUUUUGUUCACCCAAAUUGUAAAUGGUAACGUUUUACGUCAGGGCCUCCUAUUCCGAGACUUCUUGUGAUAUUUUUUUCCGUGCCACCGACACAAUAUCAGGAAACGCAUUCGACGCUAAACGAAAAAAAAGGGGGGAUGGCCUUACCCGAAAUAACCAGCUGCAGCAAGUAAUAUUAUAAACUUUGAGAAGAAUGUGAUGGUGAUUGAAACGGAAAAUGCAAUGGAAAAUCAAAACUUGCGUGAAAUAACACUGUGAAGUUUGGUAAAUGUGCAAACGUUGGUUAAAGUGGUCGUAAAGAUAGUUCUUUGAUCAUCUUUUGCUUAAAUUUACGCCUCUAGUAACCAUAAAUUUACACAGUAACUUUGCUAUGCCAGAAAAUAUCAAGCAAACAUUCAGUUUUGACGUUCGAUUUUUACACACAGAACAAAAUGGUGGCAAACUUGAAUCUAAACACCAAAUUUACUAUGGGGAACAAAAGUGAAACAAAAUAUCUGUAAACUUGAAAUUUACUUCACAUUUACGCCGCCCUUGCAGAAAAGUAAACUUUCACUUUCGAACAAAAUUUGCACCAAGAACAAAUAAGUAGCAACAUUAGUACCCUAAAUUUACAAUAGAUUUGCUCAACUAGCAAACUUAGGCAAAUCCGUUUUUUCGUCCAGUGUAAUUAACCUCGAACUGGAACACUGCUUUGCAAUCGGAAAUUUUAACACAAUUUAGCAGUUCUCUGUAAAUUUGACAUUUUUCGUAUAAUUCUUAGAUGACUAGUCCAAUUCUUGCCCAACGUUUUUUUGAUAUUCAUGGUUAAAUCAGCCUUUGAUAGAGCUCGACUACUGUCUGCGGAGCCGGAUUGAGUUCGAUCGUGGGGGCCGAACCAAUACUCCGGAGAGUGUAGAAAAAAUCUUACUAAAAGAGAAGGCACUUUCUUGCAAACGGCCAGACCCUAGCGUGACUCGGUUGAUUCGGAUAAUUUCAUUUCCCUUACGAGAUAAAAUAUUUAAAAAAAUCAAACAACAUCAGAAAAAACAAACAGUGUCCUCAGUUACUUAAAAAAGCCAUUAAUUAUCGGAAUUUCGAUCUAAUGCUAACUUAGUCAACGUUCUUGAACUGUUUUAACAGCCUUUAUCACGAACGUUUUCACUUACUCACCUAAACAUUUGUUUUACAGAUGAUGAUGAGACAAACGGAAAUUUGCAAUUGCUGCCGGUAAUUAGGAACAACUUACAACAGUCAGGUAAGACAAACAUCUUCUAUUCAUUACUGAAACCGAACGUAGUGUGGAAAUCAAUAAGUGACUAUGUUUAUGCCGCACUCCAACUGGAAAAAGAGGCGUCGUUAGCUAUCAUGACAGUAAACUUCAAAUCAUACUGAGACGAUGUAUUCCGCGAUGUUUUACAUCAUCGAUGCUGUGGCGGAUGUGAAAUAAACUCCAUACCGUUGUAUGAAAUUGCUCCAAAUUCACAACUGAAAGGCGAUAUUGGGCCGUCUGGUCGAUUCGGACGGUCAAGUGACAGUGGGUCUGAUCCCUCUAGCAUCGGAAAUUUCAUCAUCAGUAUCAUCAUCAUCAUCAUAGUCAUAUACAUUACCCAAAAGUAAUGAUAGCAACAUUCAGGUUAAAACACUGUAGUUUUCAAUUGCAUUUUUGUCCUUAGUAUUGCUGGGCCAUUACUUUCAAGGUUGGAUUUAAGUGACGCGACACGAGGAAACAUCUCUGUCUCAAAAACGUAGUCCACCGCGCUUUUUUGGUUUUUGUUCCUUUGACUGCUUUAGGAACAAAUCGGAACAAACUAGGAACGCACAAUUAAGUAUUAUAUCAAAUUAAUUUGGAUCAUAUUAAGUAUUCAUAUCUCCGGGAAUUCCGUGAAAUCCGUAUUUUCUGCAACUCUUUCAAGAGUCUUUUUCAGUUAGCAGUCAUUCAUGACUGCAAGUUAUCUUAUUAAACAUUCAUGUAUCCGGGAAAUCCGUAAAAUCCGUUUUUUCCAUCAUCCUAUAAGAGUCUGUAUCAGUUAGCAGUCAGUCAUGUCUGCAAGUUUAUCAUUAAACAUUCAUGUCUUCGGGAAAUCCGUGAAAUCUGUAUUUUACGCUACUCUUUUAAAGAGUUUUAUUGUGUAUGAAUUUCAUUUCAAUGCUUAAUGGAUUUCUUUUCCAUUUCAAAGAUCUUUUCCCCACACACAGGGAUUUAACGGUGAACCACCAAAGGUCAUGAUCAACCUUUGCUGCAAUCCAACACUGAUUAUAUUCAACAGAUAAAACGGAUAUGCCGGGGACGAACUCACGUAGAUAUCAUGAAACAAGAUCACUCUGGGUUAAACCUUGUAGUCUUCCCGAGUAUGAAUUUCACCAGCAGUCAAUGCUUAAUGCAAUUCUUUCCCAUUUCAAUGAGUUUUUCCCCGCAAACGGAAAAAUGCACUCUACGGAUUUAACCUUUGCUUCAUUAAAUUUUUUGCAAUCCAACACUGAUUGUAUAAAUUCAACGGAUAUAACGGAUAUACAAACUCACGUAGAUACCAAUGAAACAAAAUCGCUCUGGGUUCAAGUAUGCUGAUAUAAAUUUAAGGCUAACAUCUCUUCAUGCAGUAUGGGAACAAGUGGGCCUUUCCAUGACCGUUCCUCUCUCGAAGAACGCUUUUGCGGAAAAAAACGUCCAGAUUUAUUUGUAGUUUUUAGCAAAAGAACUGAGAAUGUGCUCUUUAGCUUUUUCCUGCAUAAAACUAACAAGAGAUAUAGUUUUAGAAAGAUUUUCGCAGUACUUAGUAUUAUAGUGAACCUCUAUUAAGCGGACACCUUCGGGACCUUCCGCUUAAUAGAGGGUGUCCGCUUAAUAGAGGUUUGUAAAAAUUGCGCAAUGUUUGUUAACGAUUAACAUUCAACGGUUACUCUGUACAUGUUGUUAAGGAAACUAAGGAAGCUGUGCUGUACUUUACACAUGACUUUUAGGUGAACUUUGAUCGCGGAUGACAAUUAUACUGCCGGAUAUCCGUCUAAUCUACAGUCUAUUGACAGCGAAAUUUAUAAAUAGACUACAGGACGCAGAAAUUAGCAAUUACGAUUUAUUUAAGUGUCCGCGUCCGCUUAAUAGAGGUUUCCGCUGAAUAGGGGUUCCUUAUAAAGGGACAUAUAAAACGUUAAUUUCGAGAUCCGGCUUAGUGUCCGCUUAAUAGAGGGUGUCCACUUAAUUGGGGAUCCGCUUAAUAGAAGUGGGAAUUAAUAUUUUAAUAAUUAAUAAUAUUUUAAGGCUUUAAAAAAGGGAACUGAAUUUUUGGGUAACGAUCACCAUCACAGCGCCUACCAUCACCAUCACCAUUAUCAUCGCCAUCACCAUCAUCAUCACCAUCACCACCACCAUAAUCACUAUCACCAUCACCAUCACCACCACCAUCAUCAUCACAAGCACCAUCUCCUUCACCAUCACUAUCACCAUAACCAUCAUCACCAUCACCACCACCAUCACCACCACCAUCAUCACCAUCACCAUCACCAUCACCACCACCAUCACCACCACCAUCAUCAUCACCAUCACCAUCACCACCACCAUCAUCAUCAUCAUCAUCAUCAUCACCAUCACCAUCACCAUAACCAUCAUCGCCAACACCACCACCAUCACCAUCACCAUCACCAUCACCAUCACCACCAUCACCAUCACCAUCACAACCAUCGCCACCACCACAAACAUCAUCACCAUCAUCAUCAUCAUCAUCAUCACCAUCAUCAUCACCAUCACCAUCAUCAUCAUCAUCAUCAUCAUCAUCACCAUCAUCAUCAUCAUCAUCACACCAUCAUCAUCAUCACUAUCACCAUCAUCAUCAUCAUCAUCACCAUCAUCAUCAUCAUCAUCACCAUCAUCAUCAUCACCAUCAUCAUCAUCAUCAUCAUCAUCAUCAUCAUCACCAUCAUCAUCACCCAUCAUCAUCAUCACCAUCAUCAUCAUCACCAUCACCAUCAUCAUCAUCAUCAUCAUCAUCAUCAUCAUCAUCAUCAUCAUCAUCAUCAUCAUCACCAUCAUCAUCAUCACCAUCAUCAUCACCACCAUCAUCACCAUCAUCAUCAUCAUCAUCACAGCAUCAUCACCAUCACCAUCAUCAUCAUCAUCAUCAUCAUCAUCAUCAUCAUCAUCAUCAUCCAUCAUCAUCACCAUCAUCAUCAUCAUCAUCACCACCAUCAUCACCACUAUCCAUCAUCACCAUCAAAUCACCAUCACAUCAUCAUCAUCAUCAUGAGCAUCAUCAUCAUCAAAUCAUCAUUUACAUCAUCAUCAUCAUCAUCAUCAUCACCAUCACCAUCAUCAUCAUCACCAUCACCACCAUCAUCACCAUCACCAUCACCAUCACCAUCAAAAGCACCAUUUCCAUCACCAUCAUCUAUCACCAUAACCAUCACCAUCACAACUAUCGCCACCACCACCACCGUCUGGAAGACGAGCUGAGACGAAAGACAGAUACUAUUAUUUUGUAUCACAAUGCGAUCUCGCGCGAAUUUCAAAGCCGGCAUGAAAGUGGCGCGUUCGUCGGGAAAAGCAUCUUCGCUCUUUGGACCCUCGCUUGCCAAACAAAGGUAAUCUCGUACACAGUAUCAGUGACCAAAUGGUUUUACCGACAGAUAUAAUUCAUGGCAAGUCAAAAUUUUAUGCUUUUUAUGUAGAGAUGAUGGAAGUAGCAGAGCCGAUUAUUUAUAGCCAUUUAUGAUUUGGUCGAUAGUACAGAUAGUACUGGCGCUCGAGUCAACCCAUCAAGGUUUGGUGUUUCAAAGAGGAAAGAUCAUGUUGUUGUCGUUUCAACCUUAGCACGUGCCUUAGCACGUGCCCGAUGAAAUGCAGACGAAAGCGGGUUUAAAGCGAUCAAAGAAGGACUAAAUUCCUUCCAGCUACUAGAAAAUAUAGCGGGAAGCGGUCAGAGAAGUCAAGGAAAGCGUUUCGUCGUGCGGAGAAGAUCUCGAAAAGGUACUUAGUCGUGGAUUAAUGAAUUGGGGAAAUUAAAAUGAGGGAUUCAUUCGAGAAGCAAUAUCGUACGAUUUCCUGACGGUGGCAGAUGACCGUCAAGUCAGAAACUCGGGCAUUCACGUCGUUGUUGAUUAUGUAAGCUUAAAUGAUUUUUAUUAAGGGUCGCUGACUGGAUUUAGCCUGAACGGUGAUGCUCUCCAGCCCUUUUCAAUUUUCUAAACAUCGGCCGAAACUUGGUAAGUCUAUUUUGGGUUCCUUUGUAUCAUCUUCAAAUGGAUACCUAUUAUCAUUUUGGCGCAAAAACGUUUUAAGGUCGACACUGAUCACUCGAUCAUUUCAUAAAUUCUCAAUAACUGCUAAUGAUGUGAAAGUGUAAUGUUCAUGGAGAAUGUUGAUGGAGAUCACUAUUUCUUAAGCCUGAUCGCAAACGAGUCAGAGUUCAGUUUUUAAGUGUGGAUCGUAGUGGAUAUUUUCAAUUUUAUCGAAUCCCUUUUAAGAAAACAGGAAAAUUUAUUUUGCGAAAGCCAGUGGCUAUCAACAGUCGGUAAAAGUGAGUAAAAUUUCAUAAACCAAAAAUUGAUUUACGGAUUAAAGCUUUAUUUCAUUUUGCACUGAUUAGAUCCGUGAAGAUGAUAGUGCAUGCCCCACAUUAAGUAAAACAGUUUGGCCUUCCUGAUGCAACAGAGCAGCUUAGCCUUUUUAGGCUGUGGCUCUGUGAGAAUUUUAUUCUCCGGGUGUCUCAGAGGGAACUAAAAACUCGCUUUUAGUUAUUGUUUGAAUCUCUGUCCAGCAUUAAGAAAAAAAGUUUGGCCUUCCUGGUGCAACAGAGCAGCUUAGCCUUUUUAGGCUGUGGCUCUGUGAGAAUUUUAUUCUCCGGGUGUCUCAGAGGGAACUAAAAACUGGCUUUUAGAUAUUGUUUGAAUCUCUGUCCAGCAUUAAGAAAAAAAGUUUGGCCUUCCUGAUGCAACAGAGCAGCUUAGCCUUCUUAGGCUGUGGCUCUGUGAGAAUUUUAUUCUCCGGGUGUCUCAGAGGGAACUAAAAACUGGCUUUUAGAUAUUGUUUGAAUCUCUGUCCAGCAUUAAGGAAAAAAGUUUGGCCUUCCUGAUGCAACAGAGCAGCUUAGCCUUUUUAGGCUGUGGCUCUGUGAGAAUUUUAUUCUCCGGGUGUCUCAGAGGGAACUAAAAACUGGCUUUUAGAUAUUGUUUGAAUCUCUGACCAGCAUUAAGAAAAAAAGUUCGGCCUUCCUGAUUCAACAGAGCAGCUUAGCCUUUUUAGGCUGUGGCUCUGUGAGAAUUUUAUUUAGUGUUUCGCUUACGUUUGUAUUUAACCCCAUCCAGAUCCAGUGAGGCCUUUAAAACAGCGCGUCAAUUUUAAAAGUUUUUUCAUAAGGCAGUUUCCGUUUAGCGCUUAGUGUUAGUUCUGCCCUUGAAUGAAGUUUCCAUUAAAAAAGCCUUGCGUUCAGACAUAAAAUUAGGGAGAUCUUGUAAGCAUGAAUUGAAAUAUAUGAAAUGCAGAUGAAGGUAUGAAAGUGACCAUGAUCAUCGCAUUAAAUUCGCAGCCUAUUCGGUUGAAAAAUAAUCUGAAGUAUUUUGCAGUGUUAUCGCAGAAAGUUAGAGGUAAUAUUAUUCAUUGUUGGGGAAAAUACUCCGCGGCUUUAAAUUAAUAAUUUCCUCGAUGUUUUAAUUCCGGUAGUGUAGUAACCUUUCCGUUAAGGCAGCUUCUAAAACGCACUCGAGAAAACCGCGCAGUCUCUGUGAACUCUCACUUUCACUUGCGAGAGAGGCAAAAAGAAAAUAGAGUGACAUUACUUUCAAACCAUUACGUGUUACCUUAGGCCGAGGUUUCAGAAAUCAUUGGACCUCCAGGCCUCUUUCUUGGUGGGUUAGUUUAAGAAAAUAAGUCCUUUAGUUUUCCAGUCUGCCUUACAUGCUGUAUUGAAAUUAUUCACGAUAAAUGGGGUUUCAUAAAAGCGUAAAAUCACUCUUCUCGAAGUACAAUAAAUUUUAAGAGAAGCCACUACAGAGGCAAAUGCAUUCCGGUUCGGCAGAAAGACUUCCAAUGCGGCUAAUUUGAAGUUGAGUUUUUUGUUGAACCGAAAUCUUGUUGACGUACAGGAAUUCCGUUGAUAUGAGAAUUUGUCACCUCCAAGCAAAUGAGCCGUAAAAAGUUGAUUACUUCUACAGAGCUCCCCUGCUGAUGUUCGCCUAUUGAAUAGGCGAACAUCAGCAGGGGUCUAUGAUUUCAGAUCUCUAUGAAUCUCGUCAUGUUACAUAGGUCAGGUGUCUUACUUAGGUUGCCUUUCUCAGUUUCUGCUGCCUGGUAUGUUCCUUUAACUUUGCCAUCCCUAUAUGAAAGAAGAAGGCAAACUAAAAUAUGCCCACUUCCAUCUCUCAUUUUACUGAAGGAUUAAUAACUUGUCUUUGAUUUGUUCAUAGGUCCCGAACGUUUCUACGCGUGUUAUUACCCAGAAAGCGAUGAAUUCCAGAAGCUUGUGGCUUCUGUGGUGAAUUUCUUUAGAAUGAAUGGUUACAUGGUUGUAAUGGACGUAAUGAGCUGUAGCGAAAUGGUAAAUCUUGGACCAGAACGAUGGGCAGAACAGCAGAUUAAAAAAGCAAGCAAAGUACUCGUGUUUCUGUCACCUCGACUUUUACGUUUGUGUGGUGCAGAGGAGGACGAAACACAAUACUCUAGUCAGGUAUUGUCAUAUAAUUUCUUUACGUUACAAAAAUAUGCUUUUGAAUUGCUAGAAGAAGUCAAGUAAAGAAAUGUCUGCAAUUAAUAGACGAUUGACGUCACGCAUAGACAGCGGCGCGGCGGCUCAGCUGGUUUUACAUUGCGAAGCUCAAGAAAGUGGAGGGAGCUUACUGAAAGAGUAGCGAAAAUAAACAAGAAAACAACUCAGAGGAUCGUGGAACUGAGAAAUGUUGAAAAGAACUACAAUUAGAAGAGAAGAGGACUAGUUAUGAGCUUGAGAAUGUUUAAUUGGAACGACAAAAUAAAUAUUAGGUACGUCCGCUUUCGUAGGACAUAAAGAAUUUGGCAUAUCUUGAAGAGAUAUGCAAGAGAUUCAAGUUAUCGUCAUCAAAAAAUAUCAAUUUACCUUACGCCGUAUUUUUGAAAUGGGUUUUCAGGGAGAUGAUAUUAACUUUAAAUCGUCGAAAGUAACGAGGAAACCGACAAGCCAAAUUGCUAUUUUAUUACUAAAUUGUUCAUUUAUUUAUCAUAUUCAUUUAUGUCUUCUUAUCUACAGGAACACAAGCGUGUUUGGUAUGAAGUGAGCUUACUUCGAUCAAUUUACUCACACACUCACUCGGCUUCUCGGAUGGUGUGCAUAACUUUGCCGCCGUCAAAGGCAGCUAUUGACCCUCAGGAUUUUCCUCUCUGGGCGGAAUUGAGAUACCGAUGGCCUGAGGAUAAGAGAAGAAUCUUGAAUCGCUUGAACGACAGACCUAUAAUUCAACCUUUGUAA